AUGGCCGCCUUCCUCGAGGACCCGCGGCUGAGGCAGCGGUGGAACCAAAUCUCUCACAACGCCGAGACGGUGACGGAAAACGCCGCGGCCGGCAUCUGGACGUUCCAGCACGCCUACGUCAACCCGUGCUUGGCCUCCGUCGGCGAGGCCUUUGACUCGUGCACGGCCGUCUGCCUCGGCGACCGCGACGACCGCGCCCGGCGGCAGCGCGAGCGCGCACGCGGCGCGCACCGCAGCCGGGCCGAGUACAGUUUUGAUUUCUACGACGACUGGUACGACGACUACAACGACGACUACGACGGGCUCGGCGCUGGGGCGGGCGACAUGGACGACGAGCGGGCCGGAGGAGGAGGAGGCGGGGCAGCUGGCGCGUCGGGUGUGGGCACGAUCAGCAGCCUGUUUGGUCGUGGGUUCUUUGGCAGUUGGCGCGGCAGCCGCUCCGAGCACUGGGACCGGCUCUUGGCCGGGUCGGGCUCCAUACGAAACCGGCCCCACCUGGAUGGCGACGCCGAAGGCGACGCGGCAGGUGACGUCGAGGGCGGCAUGGCAGCAUCCCACGGUGCCGCCGGCGGCGGCGGCGGCGAGAUUGUGGACCAGCCACGGCGGGGCCGCGGCAUGACCUACACCACACGCGCGGCGUGGCGCAAGCCGCCCGGCGGCGACGACCCGACCGUCAUCCCGAGCUCAGCACCACUGGGCUUCCUGAGCCGGCUGCCGUGGAAGAUUGGCGGCACAUUACGAUACAAGCCGAGCGCGGCCAACCUGCGCGAGCACCCCAACAGCGGCGGCCCCAGCCGGGACAGCCUCCGGAACGCAAUGGGCGGGCGGCGGAUGGGCGGCGGCGCCGACAUGAUGCGCGCCCGAGACGAAAACGAGCCACUCUUGGGCGGCCAUGGCGACGACUACGACGACCAGCAAGACGGCACCGGGUCACGGCAUGGGCCAUUGCCAUGGCAGAACGAGCUGGCGGCGGCGGACGCAUCAAGGCAGUAUGGAACGGCCAUGUCGUCUGUCCCCGCAGCGGACGGCCGGCCAGUAACAGCAGGUGGAGGACGUGGACGUGGGCCGGGUGCCGGGGCUCUGACUUAUAACGACGACGGCACGCCCGCGACGCGGCAACGCAGCGGAACAACCAGCUCGGGCGACACGUCCAAUUCCAUCCGGUCACGGGGCGACCUGUUCCCGAGCGACGAGGAGGACGACGAGGACGCCGUGCCGCUGGACGACGAGUUUGCCGUGGCACUCAACCACGUCGACGACCGCAGCAGCGGACGCACGCGCUUCAGCAGCAGCAGCAGCCUCGCCGCAACGGCGACGGUGGAGCAGCGCAAGGGCAAGACGCGCGCCGACACGGGCGCCUCGGCAGCUUCGGCAGCCUCGGCAGCCGGGGGCCCGGUGCUUGUCCCCGCAUCAAAGGGCGUGCUCAGCCGCAGCGUCUCGCGCACGACCAUGGACAGCGUGGCCGUCGGGUCGUCGCCGCGGUCGCCGCCGUCGUCCAUCACCAAGCGUCUCGGCAGCAGCGCGUCUCUGCCCCUCGGCGGCGACGCCUUGGACGAGCGUGUCGAUGAAGAGGCGGACGCCACCCCAGCGGUCGAACUGACGGCUGACCAGCUCCGGGCAGAAGACGAGCGCGCCGCGCACGAAGAGGAGGAGGCGGUUGCGAUGCGCCGCGAAGCAGCCGCGCGUCUGGCGCGCGAGCGUGGACUGGCCGGGGCCGAUACGGCCGCGGCGGCGACAGCCGACACGGGUUCUGGUACGGUUUCGGGCCAGGUCACAGACAAGGCCACGGACAGGCCUGCGCCAACAGCAACAAUACCGGUGCACGGCAACACCAUGUCUGGACCGACAGCGACGCCUGUCGUCUCGCAAAAAGUGCGCGAAGGGGGCUUUGUCCCGGCCCGGUUGCCGCGCUUCGAUUAG